AUGUCACAGCAGCCGCAGCAGCAGCUUGCCGGAGCGGUUGUGGUGCUAGCCUUGUCGAUCGUCACGCUCGCCGCCGUGCUUGCGAGCAUGGAGCGGGGUCGGUCACGGCGGCACGCGAGAGGGUGCACCAACCAUAGUCCACAUGCGGCGGUUACGCGAGGAGAGGGCGCCAACCCUGAGAGUUUCCCCGCAGCGCCUGCACUCGGGUCGACUGCGGAGGGAAAUGGAAAGGUCGUGGGGGUGGUGGAAGCGAGCACACCGCCCGGUGGUGGUGCUGCUGCAGGCGAGCGGACUCCUUCGGGCACGGAGGGUUCGGCGGGCCGGCGGCUGGAAAUCCUGGUGCACAACAUCUCGCACAAGGAUAUGGUUCUGUCGCUCAGAAGGACGCGAAAGGCUGCCGCCGCGAUGCCUCGACGGCCUCCGACCGGGGAAGAGGCCAUGAGCAACGUCAUCGAUGCGGCCGACACGGCGCUCGCACGGCCGAAGUUCAGCCUCUUCAAGCGAUCGAGCGAACUUAUCCUGCACAAGCUGCAGGAGAUACGGGCGGCGGGCGGGAGGGAGCCCCCGCCGGCCGUGUGCCCGGUGUACCGCCGAGGGGAGCCCGACUUAAGGUCCGGGCCGCCCUCUGCUCCGCGAGAGAGCGUGUCCGUCGGGUUCGACCUGGACGACACCCCGAUACCGAUCUUCGACCUGGCCGGCUACCGCGUCCGCAGCGAGGACCUAGACCGCCUCGCCCCCGCCGCCGGCCGCCGGAGCUCCUCGAACCUCCUGCGCAAGGUCCUGAACAGGAGGGAUUCUUCUGGGCUGUUCCUGGCCGGCGGCGGCGGCGGCGGCGGCGGUGGCGGCGGCGGUAGCGGCGGUGGCGGUGGAACCGGUAGAUUACUCCCCGUGCAAGAUCCCGGACCAAGGCAGCUGCUGCUGCAGCAGCAGCCCCAGCUGCAGCAGCUGAAGGAAGACGGGAGUGGGGACGGGGGAUGCGGCGGCGGCGGCGGCGGCGGGGGGAAAGGCGAAGGGGAAGCGUUCAUCAGCGGGGUGUACUUCCCGCUGCUGUCCGUCCUCAUGCCCAAGUGGAUGGAGCUGCUGGCCAGGAGCGGGGACGACGUGGAUUCGUCCAAGACGGUGCUGCUCGUUAGCGGCGUGGGACAGCCCCGCAACGAGGAGCACCGCCUGGAGGACAACUCCACCGAGGUGACAGCGGUCCUGAUGGAGGCGUUCUUGAAGAGGCACUUCCCCACCGUGCGCGUCGUACGCGUGCACUCCGACACGAAUAUUUUCAGGUAUGACGACAACAUCCGCUUCGUGAAGACGGAGCUGUUGCCCCUGCUCAACGCCGAGCGCAGCCAAAUGGCGGAGAAAUACGGAGAGGACUGGCAGGACAUGAUGCACAUCACCAUGAGCUUCGCGGACGGUUCGCCAGCGCGCAUUUCCUCCAUCAACGCCGCCCUCCGACACUUCAAGCCCUCCUUCAUCCACAUCUGGGAGCUCAAAACGUUCUGGCACGAGAAGGCUAUCUGCGAGGACGACGUGGAGGUGCACACGUUCGAGGACAUCGACAUGCAGCCCCCGAUGCCGGUCUCGGAAGUGGAUGCUCCGACGGCCCUGAUCAUCGCCGAGAUGCAACGCCUCAGGGACGACCUGGAACGGGUUCUUGCGGCACCCCCCCGAGGAGCCUACACCCGACAGGCGUUCGACGCACCAGCGGGGGAUGCAAACGGGGAAGCCGUGGUUGGUGGCGACACGAGAGACGACCUGGCGUCCUUCUGGCUGAGGAAGACGAAGAAGCCUGUUCUUGCGGUUCUCCUUGUGCAGAAGAAAGGAGGCCGGCCUCAGCUCUUCCGCGGAACAAACAUGGAGGUUUCAAUGCCCACGGGAUCGCUGUGCGCCGAGCGUAACGUCAUCGGCUCCGCGCUCACGUCCGACCUGAGCCUCCUCCGGAGAGACAUCAAGGCGGUCGCCGUGCUGUCCGUGGCCCACCUGGGCGGACCUCCCGCCUCUACCGCCACCACCGCGGCUGCUGUUCCCAUCGACGAAAGAAAAGAAGGCGCUUCGUUGACUGGUAUCACGGCUGUCGAUAGUGGCGGCGGGCGGAGCGGGUGGCCAGGGGCCGCUGGAAUGGGGUCAGCAGUGGGGUCCUCUUUAACAACUUCAUGCGCGCCGUCGCCGCUUUCCCUGACGCCGGCGAUGAAGGUGUCCCCUAAGAGCGCGUUGUUGCGGACCGAGACGGGGGCGGGGGCGGAGGACAAGGAACGGCUGGAGGGGGUUCGCCAGGUUCGGAGGAAGACGAAAGUCGUCCGGAGUAUCGCAUCGACGCCGAAGCGAGGUGUUGGUAGCGGAGGCAUCGCCGCCGGCGGUUGGGAAAAAAGCCCCCUCACAGAUAGCGGCGGCGGCGGCGGCGGCGGUAGGGGAGAUGGUGGUGGUGGAAUGUACAGCGACGACCAGGGUGGCGGCGGCGGCAGCAAUCACCAUCGCCACCCGAGGACGAGCAGAAGCAGCAUCGUCGCGCACGUGCCGCCAGAAACUCUGUGUUCCAACCCCCUCAAGCCCUGCGGCGCGUGCAUGGAGUGGCUCAAGAAGAUCGCGGAGGUGAACCCAGACUUCAAGGUCAUCACCUUCACCGACUCUCGCUGCGGAGGCGUGUACAUCGAAGACGUGGCCCAGAUACCAUAG